AAACUUCAUUGAAAAAAAGAAAACAGAGAGACUUUCGUAGAAGAGAGAGAGAGAGAGAGAUAUAAUAGAGUCCAAUUCAGCCCAACUUCACUUGGAGCUCGGACAUGGCGACCAGAGCUCGAGCCGACUACGAUCACCUAAUCAAGCUCCUUCUCAUCGGCGAUAGUGGAGUAGGAAAGAGUUGCUUGCUGUUACGUUUCUCAGAUGAUUCUUUUACAACAAGUUUCAUUACAACGAUUGGGAUUGACUUUAAGAUUAGGACCGUAGAGCUUGAUGGUAAACGUAUCAAAUUACAAAUAUGGGACACUGCUGGGCAAGAACGUUUUCGUACAAUUACAACAGCUUAUUACAGGGGAGCCAUGGGUAUAUUGCUGGUCUACGAUGUAACAGAUGAAUCAUCUUUUAAUAACAUCAGGAACUGGAUCGGGAACAUUGAGCAGCAUGCCUCUGACAAUGUGAACAAAAUAUUGGUGGGUAACAAAGCUGACAUGGAUGAGAGCAAAAGGGCUGUCCCAACAUCGAGGGGCCAAGCAUUAGCUGAUGAAUAUGGUAUCAAAUUUUUUGAAACGAGUGCAAAAACAAAUUUGAAUGUGGAGCAGGUCUUCUUUUCUAUUGCUAGAGAUAUAAAGCAAAGACUCACAGAGACUGACUCCAAAGCUGAGCCCCAGACUAUCAACAUCAGUAAACCUGAUCCAGCCAAGGGCUCAACUGCUACCACGGAGUGGUCAACAUGCUGCAGCUCAUGAGGUUAUCCAAAUGACCUGGGUUGAGCCAUUGUCGCAUGCAUGUGUUAUAUGGUUCCUCAAUUAUGUAAGGCUGGUUCUGGUAUGUUAAGGAAAGCUGGAAGCACCUUCUGCUCACAUUUUUAAUCUAUGGUUGUUGUAUAUGCUCCCAAAAUAUAUGGGGGAGGAAAUCCGCCAAACGCUUUAUAAAAACUAAUAUAAUGACCUACUUUCUUUAAA